AUGAUUAUAAGAGCCCUCAUGUAAAGAACCUCCUUGGAUGGCAAAGUUGAAUUGGAUGAAAAAUAAUUUGAAACUAUUUUAUUAAUUUUAGAUGUUUCAAUUCCUAAGCCCAUUUGUUUUGUUUAAGCCUUAAGUGAAGCAAGUUCCAAAAUCCUAAGACAAAUAUUAUUGAUUUAUAAAUGUGAUUGUUCCAAAGAUUUUUUAAUUAGCUAAUAAAAAAGAUUAGUUUAUCUUUUGUAAGUUGAGGUCAAUUAGUAGAUUAUAAAGGAAUUGACUUCAAUUCUAGAGCAACUUCGAUCGAUAAAACUGAAGUUAUUAAUUGAGAGAAUUAUUGAAUUUCAUCAAAAAAUGGAGAAGGAUAUAUCCUUAGAGUAUUUGGAAUUCGAAGUAUUUUUACCCCAAGAUUAAGAAGUACUUAGUAAACAUACACAAUUUGCUAAUUAACAAAGGAAUUAUUACUAACAACCAUAAUAGUAGAUCCCAUAACAAUUUUAAAAUUAAAAAUUCUAGUAAGCACAACCUCAAUAACAAUAACAAUAACAAUAAGUAAGAUUUAUAUCAAACAAAAUUUCCAUUUCAAUUAUUUAUUAAUUUCUGAAUAUCAUAUCUAUGGCUUCUAAAUUAGAUUCCAAAUAAAUAGAUGCUAAACAAUAUGAUGAGUUGUCAUCAUUAAUUUCUGAUGAAGUUGGAAGUUUUGGCACAACAUACGACCCCACUCUAUUUCCUAUUAGAUAGAAAAUUAGAGAUGCUUUAGUUUAUUUAUUGCAGCUAUAAAAAUUAGAGUUGAAGUCAUUCGAAAAUUUGUGGUAUUUAUCAGAAUAAUUAAAACUUUAUUUGGAAAGAGCAACCAAUGACAUUCAAAUAAACUCACAAAGAAAAUAAACAUUCCCUUUUUUGAAUUCGAUUAUCUCUACUUAUAAAAAUCCAAUCAAAGAAUCAAUUGAGUAUACAUAACUAAAAACUGAAAUACUGAAAGAGCAAUACUGGAAUGUUAGAGAUACUCUUCAUAUUGAAUUUCAUAACAUGAUGAAAAUAAUUGAAAAUUAUGAUGGCACAAAUUAAUAGAAUUUUUUAUAAAUUGCGAGAAUACAUUAUUAGGUAGAGUUCAAAUAAUAUUUGGAAAAAUUGAAAAAUGUAGGAUCUAAUCAAGUUAAAAGCGCAGUAAACUUAAUAAUUUAGACUUAAUGA